AUGUCCAUGGCUGCUGCACGGAUAUCUGUGAGGAGUGCUUUCACCGGGCUGCUGAUCAGCCUCUUGUGCCUGGGCUCUGCUCAGGGUGGGAAGCUGUUAGUGAUCCCAGCAGAUGGCAGCCACUGGACGGGCAUGAAGCCCUUGGUGGAGGAACUGGGGAGGAGAGGCAACCAGGUGGUGGUCGUGAUCCCAGAGGCCAGUCUUAGCAUGGGCCCCUCAGAGCACACCACCACCCUCACCUUUCCCGUACCAUACACCAAGGAAAGCAUGAUGAAGACCAUGGGCAACAACCUGGGCCAUUUAAUGACUACUGAUGUCUCCACCACUGUGGCAAGGUUAAAGAACUACUGGAACAGCAUGGUCAUGCUGAGUAACUAUACCAUGAUAACCUGUGAAAGCAUGCUGUACAACAAGGAGCUGAUGCAGACCUUACGGGAUUAUGACUUUGAUGCUCUCCUCACUGACCCGUUUUGGCCAGUAGGAAUCAUCGCUGGGGCUUAUCUGGACAUUCCCUCUAUCUACAUGCAGGCAUUUCUCCCUUGUCCCCUUGACAUUAUGGCCACACGAUGUCCUAGCCCUGUUUCAUAUUUGCCACUGCGCUACACACACUACAGCAAUCGCAUGAGCUUGUGGGAGAGAGCUGUCAACCUGCUGAGAUCCUUACUGGAGCCCGCAGCCUGCAGUCGUCUGUACAUUUAUGCAGACAAGGUGGCGUCAGACAUCUUGCAGAGGGAGACGUCCAUUGUGGAGCUGGCGAGCGAUGCGGCACUGUGGCUCAUGAGCUUCGACUUUGCCUUGGAGUUCCCCAUGCCUUUGAUGCCUAACAUGAUCAUGAUUGGUGGGAUCAAAGAUGGAAAGCCGAAUCCCCUGCCACAGGUGAGUUGGAUUUGGUCAGGUGAUGCAAAUGUGGACUGAUUAUUGGCAAUCGAGGACAAGUACAUUUGGGACCCAUAUGUUGGAUACAGCUGCAUUAUUCAAGAAGUUAAUCAUUACCUUAAUUCACUGUUGUUGAAUAUUGGAUAGAAAUGCAGCCCCAGUCUUUAGAUAACAUACCAUCC